AUGUACUGCAUUUAUUUUAAUAAUUACGUGGCAACUAAGAAUAAAUUUUUGGUCGUUUUUACGCGGUCAUCUAAAACAUCGUUUGGAUAUCUAUCUAUCUAUCUAUCUAUCUAUCUAUCUAUCUAUCUAUCUAUCUAUCUAUCUCAGGCUCUUCAUUAUCUAUCUAUCUAUCUAUCUAUCUAUCUCAGUUCUUUCAUCUAUCUAUCUAUCUAUCUAUCUAUCUAUCUAUCUAUCUCUCUAUCUAUCUAUCUAUCUCAGUCUCUUCCUAUCUAUUUGUGUCAGUCUGUAUCUAUCUAUCUAUCUAUCUAUCUAUCUAUCUAUCUAUCUAUCUAUCUCAGUUCUUUCAUCUAUCUAUCUAUCUAUCUAUCUAUCUAUCUAUCUCAGUUCUUUCAUCUAUCUAUCUAUCCAUUGCAGUUCCUCCAUCUAUCUAUCUAUCUAUAUCUAUCUAUCUAUCUAUCUAUCUAUCUAUCUCAGUCUCUUCCUAUCUAUUUGUGUCAGUCUGUAUCUAUCUAUCUAUCUAUCUAUCUAUCUAUCUAUCUAUCUAUCUAUCUCAGUUCUUUCAUCUAUCUAUUCAUAUCUAUCUAUCUAUCUAUCCAUCUAUCUAUCUAUCAUAUCUAUCUAUCUAUCUAUCUAUCUCAUCUUCUUUCAUCUAUCUAUCUAUCCAUUAUCUAUCUAUCUAUCUAUCUAUCUAUCUAUCUAUCUAUCUAUCUAAGUCUCUUCAUAUCUAUUUGUGUCAGUCUGUAUCUAUCUAUCUAUCUAUCUAUCUAUCUAUCUAUCUAUCUAUCUAUCUAUCUAUCUAUCUAUCUAUCUAUCUAUCUAUCUAUCUAUCUAUCUCAGUUCUUUCAUCUAUCUAUCUAUCUAUCUUUCUAUCUAUCUAUCUAUCUAUCUAUCUAUCUAUCUCAGUUCUUUCAUCUAUCUAUCUAUCCAUUGCAGUUUCUCCAUCUAUCUAUCUAUCUAUCUAUCUAUCUAUCUAUCUAUCUAAGUCUCUUCAUAUCUGUGUACCUAUCUGUUGCUACUUAUCUCACUGUGUUUAUAUCUAUCAACCUAUGUAUGCAUUUGUGCCAGUGUGUUCUUAUUAUCUAUCUAUCUAUCUAUCUAUCUAUCUAUCUAUCUAUCUAUCUUUCAUCUAUCUCUCGGUCAGUUCUUUCAUCUAUCUAUCUAUCCAUUGCAGUUUCUCCAUCUAUCUAUCUAUCUAUCUCAUAUCUAUUUCUUUCUUUCAUUCUAUCUAUCUAUCUCUCUAUCUAUCUAUCUAUCUCAGUUCUUUCAUCUAUCUAUCUAUCUAUCUCAGUUCUUUCAUCUAUCCAUUUCUUCUAUCAUCUCUCUAUCUCUAUCUAUAAACAGAUCUUCCUAUCUGUUGUGUUUAUCUAUCUAUCUAUCUCAUUCUGUGCCUAUCUAUCUAUCUCAUUUAAUAUCUAUCUAUCUAUCUAUCUAUCUAUCUAUCUAUCUCAUUCUGUAUCUAUCUAUCUAUCUAUCUAUCUAUCUAUCUAUCUAUCUCUCUCUCUCUCUCUCUAUAUAUAUAUAUAUAUAUAUAUAUCAUUCUGUCCCUAUCUAUCUAUUUCAUUUCUUUCAUCUCUCUCUCUCUCUCUCUCUCUCUCUCUAUCUAUCUAUCUAUCUCAUUCUGUGCCUAUCUAUCUAUCUCAUUUAAUGUUUACCUAUCUAUCUCAUUUUGUAUCUAUCUAUCUAUCUAUGUAUCUAUCUAUCUAUCUAUUCUGUCCCUAUCUAUCUAUUUCAUUUCUUUCAUCUCUCUCUCUCUCUCUCUCUCUAUAUAUAUAUAUAUAUAUAUAUAUAUAUAUAUGCCGCUCAUUUAAUGUUUAUCUAUCUAUCUAUCUAUCUAUCUAUCUAUCUAUCUAUCUAUCUCAUUAUGUAUCUAUCUAUCUAUCUAUCUAUCUAUCUAUCUCAUUAUGUGUAUACCUAUCUAUCUAUCUAUUAAUCUAUCUCAUUCUGUGCCUAUCUAUCUAUCUAUCUAUCUAUCUAUCUAUCUAUCUAUCUAUCUAUCUAUCUCAUUUAAUGUUUAUCUAUCCACCUAUCUAUCUAUCUAUCUAUCUAUCUAUCUAUCUAUCUCAUUCUUUGCCUAUAUAUCUAUCUCAUUUAAUGUUUAUCUAUCUAUCUAUCUCAUUCUGUAUCUAUCUAUCUAUCUAUCUAUCUAUAUAUAUAUAUAUAUAUAUAUAUAUAUAUAUUAUUCUGCCCCUAUCUAUCUAUUUCAUUUCUUUCGUCUCUCUCUCUCUCUCUCUCUCUCUCUCUCUAUCUAUCUAUCUAUCUUUCGACCCAUAG